AUGGCCGUCUGCACUUGUCCUCCUAGGGUUUUCACCUCCUCCCAACCCGGCCCCCGCCCACGACUCGCGGGUCGGGUCGACGCCACGGCGCCGUUUCACGGCCUCUCCUCUCUCAUUCUUAGGUUUCCUCCCAACUUCGUCCGCCAGCUCAGCACCAAGGCCCGGAGGAACUGCAGCAACAUCGGUGUCGCACAGAUUGUCGCCGCUUCGUGGUCGAACAACAACUCCAACUCAGGCAUUCCGGCGGCGCCGUCGGCUACUGCCGUCGAUGCCGCCGCUACCGCCGCCAUUCCAGUCGAUCCGGCCAAACUUUCGGCCGGUGGUGACGAGGUGGUGUUUGAAAAUGAUGUACAGUUGGAGGCCUUGCCUGAUUUGAAGGAGGCCUCGUUCUUGAGCUCCGAUGGGAGCCUCGCGAUUCAUGCUGGUGAAAGAUUGGGUCGCGGCAUAGUUACUGAUGCAAUUACAACCCCAGUGGUUAAUACUUCUGCCUACUUCUUUAAGAAAACGGCUGACCUCAUUGAUUUCAAGGAGAAACGUGCAACAAGUUUUGAAUAUGGGCGCUAUGGAAAUCCAACGACAGUGGUUGUUGAGGAGAAGAUCAGUGCGCUUGAGGGAGCGGAGUCGACAAUGAUAUUGGCAUCUGGAAUGUGUGCUAGCACAGUCAUGUUGAUGGCAUUGGUUCCAGCUGGUGGGCAUAUCGUGACCACCACAGAUUGCUAUAGGAAGACUAGGAUAUUUAUUGAGACCAUUCUUCCCAAAAUGGGGAUCACGGCCACGAUCAUUGACCCUGCUGAUGUGAAAGCCCUGGAGUCUGCAUUGAAUGAGCACAAAGUUUCUCUUUUCUUCACAGAGUCUCCUACUAAUCCAUUCCUCAGGUGUGUUGACAUUAAGUUGGUUUCCGAACUUUGUCAUAAAAAAGGGGCUUUGGUCUGUAUAGAUGGCACUUUUGCCACACCUCUCAAUCAGAAAGCCCUUCCCCUUGGGGCUGAUCUUGUUGUGCAUUCUGCAACAAAAUAUAUUGGUGGCCACAAUGAUGUCCUUGCCGGUUGCAUUAGUGGUUCCUUGAAACUGGUUUCAGAAAUUCGUACUUUGCAUCAUAUUUUGGGUGGUGCUCUCAACCCGAAUGCUGCGUACCUGAUCAUUCGAGGCAUGAAGACAUUGCAUCUUCGUGUACAGCAACAGAAUUCAACAGCAUCGAGGAUGGCCAAAAUUUUAGAGGCACAUCCUAAGGUGGCGCAUGUCUAUUAUCCUGGCUUGCCGAGUCAUCCUGAACAUCAGCUUGCCAAGAGGCAGAUGACCGGUUUUGGUGGGGUUGUCAGUUUUGAGAUUGAUGGAGACUUGAUGACAACCAUUAAAUUCGUGGAUGCACUGAGAAUCCCAUAUAUUGCCCCAUCCUUUGGUGGUUGUGAGAGCAUUGUGGAUCAGCCAGCCAUAAUGUCUUACUGGGAUCUCAGCCAGUCAGAGAGGAUUACGUACGGGAUCAAGGAUAACUUGGUCCGGUUCAGCUUCGGAGUCGAAGACUUUGAAGAUUUGAAGGCUGACAUACUGCAGGCCCUGGAGACCAUAUAG